GAAAUAUACGACACACCUUCGUGCUCGAGCAGCUGCCCCAAUGCGAAGUAUGGGACUGCUUUCGACAAGGAUCGUCACUACACUGAAAGUCUUUUCCCGAGUCGGUUCGGGAGCACAAGCAGCAUCAAGAAGGAGAUCAUGACCAAUGGGCCAACUUCAGCUGCAUUCUCUGUGUAUGAAGACUUCUUGUCCUACAAGUCAGGCGUCUACAAGCAUACAAGUGGCGGAUUCCUUGGGGGCCAUGCUGUUGAGAUCAUCGGCUGGGGUACCGAGAAGGGCGUUGAUUACUGGCUGGUUAUGAACUCCUGGAAUGAAGAGUGGGGUGACCACGGCACCUUCAAGAUAGUCCAAGGGGACUGCGGUAUAGACGAUAUGAUCCUUGCGGGGACUCCAGCCAUAAAUUGA